AUGAGGGCGUUGCUGCGGGUGUCGAGAGCUCGAUGGACGGGCGGGAAGAGCAUGCGGAUGAUGUCGACUGAAGGAUUGAGCUAUCGAAUGGGACCUACCGAGCCGCCCCUCUACACAGGCACCAUCCCCCAACACUUUGCGCAAACCGUCUCCCAGCACGGCGACCUCCCCGCCGUAAUCACGCGCUCCCCUUCCCCAACGCCCUUCGAAACAACCCUCACGUACUACAUGCUCGACCUCCUGUCCAACCGCCUCGCCUCGUCCCUCGCCAGCCUCGGCGUCAAAAAGGGCGACCGCAUCGCCAUAUCGCAAGGCAACACGCCCGAGUUCGCCGCCCUCACAUACGCGUGCUUCAAGCUCGGCGCCAUCCUCGUGCCCCUGAACCCGUCCUUCAACGCCGCGCAGGUCCAGGCCGCGCUGAAGCACCUCGCCGUCGAGCUCCUCAUCGUGGGUGCGGUCACCGACCUCGCGUACAAGCCUGGCCUGGGCCGCAGCAACCAGGACCUCCUGACGAGUAUUGCAGGCGAUCUGGGGGCGUCCAAGAUUCAGAGCGAGGGGGUGCCAAGUUUGAAGCGCAUUAUCGUGGUGGAUAAUCGUGUGUCGCACCAGGAUGUGCGGUUUAAGCUUGAAGAGUGUAGGGCGCUCACGCCGUACCGCUCUUUGCUGGAUGGUUCGGAUCGCGCAGUCACUCCAAACCAGCGUCUUGACCCGAACGACACGAUCAACAUCCAAUUCACGUCCGGUACGACAUCGACACCAAAAGCAGCGAUGCUUACACACCGCUCCAUCCUUAACAACGGCAUCCUCAUCGCCAAUAGAAUGGGCCUCGUGCCAGGGGACAAGAUUGUCGUUCCGCCCCCUCUGUUCCACUGCUUCGGCUGCAUCCUAGGCUACAUGGCGACCGCUACGACCGGCAGCGCCAUCCUCUUCCCCAGCCCGGCGUUCGACCCCGUCGCCACCCUCAAAAUGUGCGUCGACCACGACGCAACUGGCCUCUACGGCGUGAGCACCAUGCUCGUCGCCGUCCUGGAAGCACUCGACAAAGGCGUAGUGCCCAGUCCUCCCGCCCACCUACGCAAGGGCAUCGUAGCGGGCUCCUCCGUCCCCGAAGCCCUCAUGAAGACCAUCUACAAACGCCUCGGCCUCCAAGACCUCGUAAUAUGCUACGGCAUGACGGAGACCUCCCCUGUCAACUGCAUGACAUCCCCGUCCGACCCCUUCGAAAAGCGCUGCGCCUCCGUCGGCACACCCAUGCCCCAUACGGCCAUCAAAAUCGUCGACCCAGUCACAAAAUCCAUCGUCCCGCUAAACACGCGCGGCGAACUCGCUGCGUCGGGAUACCUCGUCAUGAAGGGCUACUUCGGAGACGACGCGAAAACAGCAGAAGUCCGCAUCGCGGAGCCGAGUAUCGAGGGGAACGGCGACACAAUAUGGAUGUACUCGGGUGAUGAGGCGGAGAUGGAUGAGAAUGGGUUCGUCACGAUAACAGGCCGUAUCAAGGACUUGAUUAUUCGUGGUGGGGAGAACAUUCAUCCGCUGGAGGUGGAAAACUGUUUAUUUCAGUUAGAUGGCGUGAAGGAGGUGAGCGUGGUGGGUGUGCCCGACGAGCGACUGGGUGAGAGUGUGGCGGCGUUCAUCGUCCCGCAUAGGGAGUGGACGACCGGUGAGAGUGGCGGAAAGGACAAGGUGCUGAGUGAGGAUAUGGUUCGGGAAUGGGUGAGGUCGAAUUUGUCGAGCCAUUUGGUGCCCAAGCAUGUGUUUUGGGUGGAUGACUAUCCCAAGACUGCGAGCGGCAAGAUUCAGAAGUUCAAGUUGAGGGAUAUGGCUAUCAAGAUGUUGGACAAGGAGAAGUGA